AUGGUCAAAGGGAGCAUGGGGAAUAAAUCCGUUCAGGAGUCGCCGUAUCCUAUGGGUAUCCGAUCAGAACAAAUAACCGAGUUUGCACGACUACUCUGGAUUGAACCAAAAUACGACGCGCGUUCAACAGACGAGUAUUGCAUCCGAUAUGAUAAUGACGACUCGAUUCUCAUCACAGUGACGGGAAAGGAAUACAAUGAAAGGUCUACACGUGAAUUCCGCGAUUCGUCUGGCCUUCCUUUAUUUGAAAUCCAGAAAGUUUCGUCUUUAGGGUGGAAGUCUCGACGUCCGUGGCGGAUUCGAUUACCAGGGAGCAAAGAAACAGAUCUGGUUGAUAUCAGAUUGAGGGGCUUGAUGAAAAAGACCUUUGAGAUGGAUUUCCGCAAUGUAGUCACGCGCGACACAAGGAACGAGGACGAUAAUAUGGUUCAUAUGGUGGUGCACCGCGUCUCGUCUGUAUACCGAGUAUACGAGGUGAGAGUAGACGGCCUCAAAGUCGUGGAUAUACGCGAAAGCAUGGAACGAAAUAGGUCCGUCCCGACAAUGAUGUAUAAUUCAAGUGGGGGUAUAUUGCCUUCUCGGUUGGUGAUGGAAGUUCUAGUGGCUGCAGAUUUUGAUAUGUCUCUGGCUUCUCUCAUCGCCGUCAUCAUUUGUGAUAUCGGGUUUAGUGCAUCGCCUCCACACUCGAAGAGUCGAAUGCAUGCUAGCUUGAAUAUUCCGUGA